AUGCUGCUCCGCAUUCGCUCACCCGCGGGCACCGCUCGCAUUACCGUCGAGGCCACAACACCAGGCGAGGAGCUGACUAGGCUAAUCCUCGAAUCAGUGCCCAAGAAUGAGGCCCAGCCAGACCCAAACACCGUGAUGCUGAGCAAUCAGCCAGGCGCGAACGGAGAGAAGGUCAGCCUUGCUGCACUGCAGGGAAGGAAGGUUGGCGACAUGGGCUUCAGCCACGGCGACUUGCUCUUCCUCUCUUACAAACCGCUCUCCUCCUCGCCUCCACCAACUGCCCCGCCACCUCCAGCGACAUCCACCAGCGGUCGCAAGAUUGAGGAGGCCGCGCAGCCAGCGAACGUGGGCACAGCUCCCUCUGUCGAUUUGAGCAACGUCGUCGAGCAGGGCGUUGAUGUCUACUGGUCGCAGCAGACUGGCAAGAUUGAUCGCAAGCGGGACACCGCGUUCUGUCGCCACGGCGAGAAGGGGAUGUGCGACUACUGCAUGCCGCUUGAGCCAUACGACGCGAAGUACCAGGCCGAGAACCAAAUCAAGCAUCUCUCGUUCAAUGCGUAUCUCCGCAAGCUGCUAGCCGGCCGCCCUCCAUCGUCCACACACCAGUACCCCCCGCUCACGCCGCUCGACCUCUCCGUUAUCAUCCCGUGUCCGUCAGGAUCACACCCGCCGUUCCCAGAGGGCAUCUGCUCCAAAUGCCAGCCGUCUGCCAUCACUCUCAACUCGCAGUCCUACCGAAUGGUCGACCAUGUCGAGUUUUCCACCCCGUCGCUCAUUGAGUCACUCCUCACUGGCUGGAGGAAGACAGGCACUCAGCGCAUCGGCUUCCUCAUCGGCCAUUAUGAGGCUUACGAGAAGGUCCCAAUGGGUGUCAAGGCGGUCGUUGAGGCUGUAUGGGAGCCGAGGCAGGAGGGUGAGGUUGACGGUCUCACCGUCGAGGUGCCUUGGGAGGACGAGAAGACUGUAUCCAAAAUUGCGACGCUGUGUGAGAAGGGCAUGAUUGUGGUCGGCAUGAUCUACACCGAUCUGACUGCUGACCCAAACGACAUUACCAAAACGCUAUACAAACGCCACGCCCAGAGCUUCACUGCCUCAGGGUUGGAGAUGAUAACGAGUGCGCAGUACCAAAUCGACCACCCCUUGCCGACGAAGGCGUCAUCAAGCGGGUACUUUUCGUCACGAUGGGUCACCUGCUGUCUCACCGGUACCGAGGAUGGGCAAGUCGACGUUAUUGCUUGGCAGGCUAGCGAACAGUGCGAAGCACUAGUCAAGUCCAACAUCAUCGAGGCGUCUGUCGACCCAGGGACCGUCCGUGUCCGUACUGCAGGGCAGGGGGAGUAUAUCCCGGAAGUGUUCUACAGCUUCAAGAAUGAGUACGGGGUGCAGGUGAAGAAGCCUGCCAAGCCAACGUUCCCGGUUGAGUAUCUCUACGUCAACAUCACGCACGGAUUCCCCGUCUCUCCCAACCCCCUGUUCCUUGUCUCCAACUUCCCCGUUGAGAACCGGCCAGGCCUCUCGGACCAGUCGCUUGAGAUCGUCAUCCGUGAGCUGCUCAAGAUCCUCAAGUCGUCCGACCUUGAGGUUUCCGAUACCGGCACGUGGCCCGCGCGUAUCAAAGACGAAGUCGAGCGGUGGCUUUCGGACUGGCACCUCGUGACCUUCCUGUGUAUGCACGGGUCGUUCUCGGCCGACGAACAGAGGCUCGUCUGCCAGGUCGCGACGGCUCACCACCACCCCGAGCAGUCUCCCGCGCGCGAGUACCUCUUCGCGUCGGGGGGCUGGCAGACGCUCCUCACGCUGGCCGAGGCGACUAGGGCUGCAAUGUCACCGCCGGCGUCGAGCACCGCGGCCGAGCAGUUUGCAGGCAUGGGUAUCAACUCGUCGAGCAGCUCGCCUUUGGCCGUUGGAUCCGGCGCUGGAACACCAGGUGACGGCGGCGCAGGGCCUAAGGCUUGCCCUCAUUGCACUUUCAUAAACGAGGUCGGGGCCACAGACUGCGACGUCUGUGGUCUCCCUCUAUGA